AUGAAUGGAAUUGUGAAGUAUAAAAUCAUUUAAUUAGUUCUUAUGAAUUGUAGCAAAUUAGAACAAAGUCCCAAGAUAAUUUGAAAUCAGUAAUUUGAAAUGAAAAAUUUAGAUAAUGGUUUUGAUAACAAUACUAAGUGGAUUUUGCUUUUUAUAGAAUGCUCAUUUAAUAUUUAAAUGGGAUUAUAAAAUAACUAUAAUAUACUGCUGUGUAUCCUCUUUCACAAUAAUGGUCUAAAGAUUACUUAAAAGUCGAAGGUAUAAAAUUGUUUAUUUUUAAGUAUUUCCCAACACUGUUGUUUUAAUAUUUUCGAAAGUUUACUUCUUAUAUCAUAUUUACUCUCUUUGGUGUAUUAUAUAGAGAUAGAGAAAGUGAAUAUUAAUUUCAUUUCUUAUGCUCAACUAGUUUUACAAUUUUUGAUUCUAGCUGUCACAGUUCUUGCUAAUAGAAGUACAACUGAAAAUGAUGGCCCAGAUUAAUCAUUUUAGAUUUAAGAGAUUGUAAUUAUUAUUAAGAAUUUAUAUAGUUAAUUGCAGCAUUUAAAAGUAUAAGUGCCCUCCAACUUGUUUUUAUAAGUUUAAGAUUAACUCAAUAAAUAACUUGGGGAUGGAUCUAAACUUUAAUUAUUAUAUGGUUUCUGUUAGGAUUGGCAUUUGUAAUUGCUGUAUGUUUGUUUAUUGAUGUACUACAAAAAUGCAGAAAUAAAUCAGAUGGAAUAGAAGAAGAUAAAAAAUAAAUCAUUAGUAAAAAUAAAAUACAUAGUAGUUUAAGGAGGAAUUUGGUUAAAUAUGGUUGCAUUUGGAGUCACACUAUUACCAUUUGCAACUUUCUUUGGAUGUGCCUUAAAUUAUGAUUUUGAAAUUCUGUAGUUAAAUUAAUAUGCAUUUGGAUUAACUAUUCUGUAUUAUCUACUAUAAUUAGCAUAUUAUCAUAAGUUUAAAUAACAAUUAAUGUAUAUCUUAGAUAUUAUUAAUAUAGCGAUUAUUUUUUAUACUAUGAUAUUGCUUAAAGUAAUUUUUAUAUAGAUUAAUAAUUACAAUAAAUAUAACAAAAUUAAUAACAAGUAGAAAAUAGAAUAUAACUUAAAAUGAAAAAAACACAUAAGAUAAGUAUAUCAAAAGUUCCUUAAUUUAUGGUAAAACUAUCAUAAACAUAUUAUAAAUGUGCAUAACAUGCUGAUUAAUCACAUUUAUCAUCUAUGAUAUAAUAAAAUAAAUAAAAUUAAAAGAAUAAUUAUUAAGAAAAUGAUAAUGAUAAUGAUCAAUCUAAAAGAUUUGAUUUAUUGUUAUCUAGUCCUAGAUAAAGAUUGGAAAUAAGUUAAAGUAUAGGAUAAGAUUUAACAAGUCGUAAUCUUGAUAAAAAGAAAUUUGAUGAUUAAUCUUCAAUAAAGUAAAAUAAAUAAGAACAAUAAAAUUAAAAUUCUUAGAAACUUUGUUUAGUAUGUUAUGAAAAAGAAAGUAAUAUGAUAAAUAUGCCAUGUGGUCAUGGAGGUUUUUGUAAAGAGUGCUGUGAGUAAUUGUUAAGUAAAAGUGAACUUUGUUACUUAUGUAGAAAACCAGUAACUCAUAGUUUAUAGAUACAAGAAAUUUAAAAUAGAGAGAGUUUAGUAGAAGUUAUUGAAGUUUUGGAAUAAUAAAAUUAAUGA